AUGGGUCUCAGGGCGGAAACGGUGGACGACUCAGUUGCUUGAUCCGGUCGGUGUCAGUGUCCUAAGCAUUAGGAUUAGGGUUAGGUUAGGUCAGAGUUCGGAGGAGCAGGUGGAGGUGGAGUUCGUCUUUUUAUUUUGCUGAAAAAUUAGGGUUUCGGCUUCCAGUUCUGAGAGAGCUCGAGUUUUUGCAGAGAGUAGAGACUUCCAUACCUAACUAGUAUCUGAAAGCUGAAGCUCACGCAAAAUGUCGACCAUGGAGGUUUAUGGUAAAUUGAUGAAUGCUGCCGAGUCAUCAAAUGUUAUUUACUUAUCCAGUAUUUUGAACCAGGAGGAAGCUAUUCCGAGUCACAAGUGUGAUAGAAGGUGUCAAAAUGAACAUAUGUGCGCGAACAUUUAUCGAUGCAAACUGACUGGGCUCACCCACAUUUGCGAUAAGAAUUGUAAUCAGAGGAUUGUAUAUGACAACCAUAGCUCUUUUUGCAGAGUUAGUGGGCAAAUUUUCCCUCUUACACCAGCUGAAGAGCAGGCAGUAAGAGGUGUGAGGAGGAGGCUCGAAGGGGGGGAGAAUACUGAUGGGUGUGCCUUUAAGCGUAGGAGGGAUGCUCGUCUGCAUCCUUCACCCUUUGAGAGGUCUUUCACUGCCAUGUCUCCAAUCUGUAGUCAAAUGGGAGAUGGCAUGGAUAUGAGCUAGUACUGUACAUAUUAAAGGACCCUUAUGCUUUCUUUUUCUGUACUUUUUUUCGUUUUGAUUUUACUCACUCUUGGGUGAGGGAUCUAGGGAAAAGAACUUCAUAAGAUGACCUUGGGGUCUAGAGAGGAACUUUUGAAUGGGUCGCUCUGACUCCUGAAUAAUUUCUAGCAACAACUAUGUUGUUUUUUAUGUUUCACUUAUUUAGGGCUCUGGUCAUGUAACUUUAACCAAUUCUCGGACAUAUAGUUUAUAUUUUAUUAGCUUGACUACCUCUUGUUUACCUUAUCUUGUAUGCAUUGUUCAAACUGCUAUUUGCUCUUUCUUAAAUUACUUCAUGGAAGUCAUGUAUGUAUCAAUUGAGCUGCUACUCAUUGUUUGUUACAUCAAUCUCUUGUUUGCAUUUUUUGAAUUUCUGUUUAUGCUACUACAACUGGUGGUUUCCUAUGCUAUCUUAUAUGUAUUGUUGGUGGCCUCUUGUUAAUAAGAGUGCAGGUUCUUUCAAAUUCAAGAAAAGCCACUUUAUGGGUUGAACUGGUAGUCUUCUUUUCUGUUUUUUAGAUGAAUAUUGGACAUUUCCUUGUCCAUAUUGCUCCUUUUUCUCUUUCCAUUGAAAUGAAAUGAGGUGCCUGAAAUGUAUGUUAUUUUGCAGGAGUUCAGGUAUAUGCAUGCCAUGGGUUGCGAAAAAUAUUGUAUUGCUGGGACUGAAUACUUAUAUUUUAGUAUUAUUACUCAGAAGAAAAUUUUUGUCAUAUUGCACACUUUGGGCUUGAAAAACUGCCUAUUACUGACAGUCUUUGUUCAUGCAUCUGUGCAGGCUGACAAAUUCAUUUGACUUGAUUGGAAACCAUUGGAUAUUCGUCUGAUUGGAAAUUGUAUGUAAAACCUAUCCUGUUUGGAUCUGCUCUAUAGGCUCUCUGGCCCAUGGCUUACAGAGAAAGGUCGGUUGUUGUGAGCUGUUGAAAUGGAAUGAUAUACGUUACUCAAUUCAGUGGAAGCGCCAUCUUCCGAUGUUUAUGCUCAAGGAGAGGCCAUUGCGUGUUUCUAUGUUAGCUUGUGCAAAAGAUGCUCCUGGUUGUGUGAUCAUAUUUCAAAGUUGCAUGUGACAACUUCCCAAUGAGGCUUUUGAGAGACAUGAAAGCUCAUCCUCCUGCCCUGCUUCUAUUGUACUUCCCAUUUGAGCAUUGCAAGAUGCUUGAGUGAUGAAGAGCCAGAAUACAUCAUAGAGAAGUGUGAGCAGAAGGCGAGGCUAGGAGAUGGAGAGGAAGAAAAAGAAUGGGAAAGAGAUGUCUAAGAAAUAUGAAGGAAAUAAGAAGCACAACCCCUUAACAUUUAUUUGGGAAGCAGCAAAUCAAGCGUGGGAUAUGUGCUGGUAACGAAGUGGCUGAUGCAAGUAACUACAGGCAAGUGCUUUAUGUAGAAUUGGCUACAGAUGCUUUGGAGAGAGAGAGAGACAGAGAGGCACACACUCGUCAUUUGAGGGAAGACUGAUUGUAACCUUGCGUCUGUUAUUUGAAAAAUGUGAAAUUAGUGUCAAAUAUUUGUAAUUUGAGCCCAAACUGUUAUUUGAAGAAUGUGAAACUAGUGUCAACUGUUUGUAAUUUGAGCCAAAAAUAUGUGGCUUUUCCGAACUAAACUUUGGAUGGCAUUUUCAUUGUAACCGCAUAGACUUCAAUCUUAUAGGUGGGCAGUUUUAAAGUA